UAGCCGAGCUGUGAGACCGUCGUAGCAGCACGGCAUGGUGAGGAUCUCGGGGCGGCUGAGUAGAUCGCGGAGCUUGUCGGCGGCGCUGCUGGUCUUCACCGAAGACAUGGUCAUUCCAACGCCUGCCUUGGAAAUGGUGUGUCUGCUGCUGCAGCAGCCGCCAUGGUGCACACGGUCAAAGGGCAGCGAACCGCUCGUCAAUGUAGAAGGGAAGAAGGCGUCCACCGUGAGUGCGCAGAUGGAGACGAGCACCAGCUGGAGCGGCAGGUCCCGCGCGCGGUAUGCAAUCUUCCUCCCUCUUUUCUCGCAGUUCUCGGCGGCGCUCAGCGCCCUGAACGUCCGCGAGGAGGCCUCGUACCAGAUGAUACCAACAGCCUCUGGCAUGGGCGCUGUCGGUACGCCGGCUUGGGUCGUUAACGUCAGAGAGGAGAUCGGUCGUUCGCCGGCGUGGGAGGUCCUUUCUGAUCAGCUAUUUGAGCGGGUGUCUACUGUGCUCAAGUCGCAUGGCUUGGGACAUUUUUCGGACCUGUCUUCGCCGGAGCAGAUCACACUUCUUGAAGAAGCGCACCGCGACAUCAUGUCCGAGAACAACAAAGUGUACCAGGCAUUCGAGUCGCAGUUCAGCAAGUCCAUGGACGCAGAGAUCGCCAAGGAAGCCAGAGCGAGAGUUGUCCAGGACAGCGCGGCAAAUCGCGAAGGCACCGAGGAAGCCCAGUACCUCGACCACAUCCUAGACUCGGCGGCGGAAGGGGCGGUGUCCCUGCUGAGGGAGCUCCCCCGCGAACACCUAGGAAGCCUGCGCCUGAUGCUCAACCAAGCGGUCCCGUCCAAGGCGAGGCUGGACAUCUGGCGCCUGCUCCUGAAGCACACGGCGGUCCUCCUCGAGUCUGGGAGCGUUGCUUCGCGCCGCAUCCUCCCUCUCUCAAGCCGCAAUGUGGUGCUCAUGAAGACGGUGCUCAGCUAUCACCACGCGUGCAAGAUGACCAAGCGGGGACAAAAGGCCACGGCCAACAUCCCUGAGUCCUUCUUGCACUUCCUGGUGCCGUUGUGCGCAGUCAUUACGACAAAAUCCUCUUACUCCUCCUCUUCCAGCAGCUCCAACGCAGCGGCAACCACAACAACAGCAGCAGCGUCGAGCCUGAGAGAGCAGGAGAUCGAUGUUAUGAUCGAGAGGUUGGUUGAGAUGUUCGAGGGCGCCUUGGAGGCGGGGCUGGAAGGCUUGGUUGACCCGAAAGAGUUAUCGGGCGUCACCGGGGUGUCAGGCAGUGGGGCUGGAGGCGUCGCAACAACUCGAACCAAGAAAUCAGCGAGGUCUCCCAAGAUAGCCACUCUUGCUACGGAAACCAAGGAGAAUAGCGGGGACGGGCGUGGCGGCGCGGACAACAUUGUCCUCCCCGACUGGGUCAACAAAAGCUACGGCGUACUAGUGCCGGGGUUCCGUGGACUGCUCGAUCACGUGGCUCGCGUUCACCUGGGGCUGACCGUAGCAGCAGCUCCCUCGGAGGGAAACAAAGGCGAUAACGGUAAGACGGGGGACGGUCGAGUAAACACCGCCGACAGUAGUUCUUCCGCCGUCGGGGAAAGCGGAGCCUCGAAUGCUGCGACCGAUGAGCAGCAGCAGCAACCGCAGGAAAACCAGGAACAAGGACAGGACAGGACGACACCGCCACCAUCGCCCCGGCGGACCAGCUCAGCAACAAGCCGACGCGCAGCGCUCCUGCCGCAAGGGCAACCGAGCUCCGAGGCGCCGUCACUGGGGAAAGGUGCAGAUGGUGUCGAUAUGCCAUCCUCCAGCCGGACCGACUCCACCACCGACAGCCGCACCUCCGCCCCCCUGCCCGAAGUCACCGAGUCUCAAGCGCGCGUUGCGUUGUGGGCCCUCUUGGAACCCUUGGUGACCAUGGGCCUCGUUGGACACCUCGGGGCAGAUGCGUGUCUGUUCGCGUGGGACCAGGCGGUGAUCGCCGGGUUCGGCGUGAUGCUGCCCCGGGUAGCCGCGAUGGUUGUGGCCGCGGCUGCGGACAAGCUCGAAGCGUGCUUGACGUUCGCGGUGAUGUCGGAGGCCUUGCUUUCGCACGCGCACCUCGUUUCGACCCCCCAGCUGCAGGAGCUGAUGGAAGCACACUGCAUGCCCUUGAUUCGCAAGGAAAUGCGGGUGUCUCACAAACUGUGUCCGGAGAUAAUCGGACCAACCCUCAAGACUGCCACCGACAUACUUGACAGCGCGUACUCCAAGAGGACGAGAGAGGCGCAGGAGGCUCGAAAGGCGCACGUGGAGCACACCCUAGGCCCAUCCAGGGGCGGCUCCGUGCACCGGAGUCAAACCAAGGAGCGUAUCCAGCUCGAUCUGUCCCGAACAGCCGUGAGAGGGUCUUCUCGUGGCAGCAGCAACGACAGCAAUGCCAGUCUUGGGUUCGACGACGACGACGACGAUCGCAGUAACGACACGAAGGACAAGCCCAGGGCCUCGAAAGCCCGGGGAAACGGAGCACAAGGACGGGAGAAAGGAACGAGGCAGAGACGCGACGAAAGCCAAAGCAGCGGUGCCAAGAAGAACAUGUCGAGCAAUGCCCCCCCCCACCGAAACGGUUCACCAGGUCCCAAUGCUAUCGCCGAAAAUGAUGGGAAGGCGGGGGCCUCAAGAAGCGAAUUUACCCGCACCCGCACCCGCGGCAGGAAUGCCAGCAACGCGUUGGCGAGGACUAGUUCUGCUGCUGUUGAAGCCGAAGCCACAACCGCAUCGAAGAAAUUAGACGUCAAGAACACCAAGAAAGAGCUCUCGGCCGCCACCAAAUGGCAGGCGAGGGUCCGCAGUACGGGAAAGGACGACAACGAAGAUUACGAGAGCCAAACCGAAGGUAGCAGCCAGCAGAUUUCGAGCAACGACGGCGGCCAUAGCGAACAGCGUCAUGAUCAGAAGAGUCGAAGGAGAUCGAGAGGGAGGGGCACGUCGGAAAGCUACUCGCUAAACAGGGGAAACGGCGAGGGUAGCGAGAAGUCAGCGGUACGCUCGAAAGGCGAGCGCCGAAACUCUCGGUCGAGACGAGCGUCUGCAGCGGAAAGUAGCAAUCUUUCUGAGGACGAGCGGAGCAUGACGGUUGACGGCCAGUCCGGAAACAAAGGUGGAAGGUCUCCGACGAUGUCUACGUCAGUUGUAAAGGUUCGCGUCAGCGACCGUGGCAAGGACAAGAAGAAACAAGACGGAAAAGGAAAACAGUUGGCACCUGCCGAUGAUGGAGGGGAGAAAGUGAUACAGCUGUCCGAACGGGCAAAGGCGGAUAAUAAGACCAGCAGUAGCAGGAGGACAGUAUCGCGUUCCCACGAGAGAAGCAGCCAACGGGACGGAUAUACGAGGAGGGAGACGAACCAGGGUGAACUGGCAUACAGUUUCUUAUGCUAG